UUAGUAGUAUUUUCUUCUUUUGUGAUCUAGUUUAUAUUCUUAAAAAGUCCCCUCCCAAAACAUUAAAUAUCCUAAUUUCAUCUGAGCAAUACUUAUAUACACACACACACACACACACACACACAGACACACAGAGUCACUAUUUUCAUUACUUAUAUCUGCGCAGUAGAACAACUGCCAAGAUUGAGGUUUAUUGAGGUGCAACAAUAACUGUCUUUGCUUUUAAAAUUCUCCUUGUAGUCCUAACACACUGUCACAACAAAACAAAAAUAUGGCAGUUUACCACAUGGGGUUUAGUAAUGGUUAGGUAGUCCUUAGGUUCUCCAACUUGUGUUAUGAUAAAUUUUAAUCAUUCUGAAAACCAUGGCUGUAUCAUAUCAUGUACAUAUCAUCCACGUAUCAUGGAUGUGGGGGGAAGCAUUAGUUCAGUAUAUACUCAGAAUUCAUAUGAUUAAAAGAAAUGGAUACUUUAUCUACAUAAUAUUCUCACUUAGUAUUUCAAUUAAUUUUAAUUGCAUUAGCCCUCUAUCCUCCCAAGUUUAAUUAGUAGGGACACAAAAAUUUUAUAUUUGGUGCCAAGUGCCAAAAGAGCAACAUGUUUUUACUGUUUGCUUUUACUCUGUAAUAGAUAUUGAAAUAUUUUAGAUACUUUCACCUUUGCAUGUACUUUUUUUGUGUGUGUAGUAGCAUGCCCUUUAUAUUGAUAAAAAGAUGUGGAAAACCCGAGUAAACGAUUUUCUUUAAACACUGUUUAGAAUUAGGAAAUUGGCAGUUUUGAAAUAAUAAGUGUAUUUUAAACUCGCAAAGGCCAAGAUAUUUCUGUAAUAUUUUAUACACUUCUUAGAACUGCAUCACAAAUGAACUUCAAAAAUUCUGUUCCUGAGACUGUGGUAACUACAAAGCAUGAAAAAAAAUGUAUACUUUACAUAGUGCUAUAGCUUCUGCUAAUUUUCUUUUUGAGACUUAAAAAAAUCUAUCCUUUUCAAGUGUUAGAUAAAACAAGUGAAUGCACAUUUAAAUCAGAAAAAGGAACCAAUCGCAUUCGUCUUUCAUGUUUCUGUAUCUUUUUAUCAUCAGAAACAGCUGACCCUUGGCCAACAUUACAUGAUUUGGAGAAAUAAUUGGAAGUCUACCACAGGGAGACUAAAUGUAAAACUCCAAUCAGAUAAAUUACAACACGGAUGUGGUAAGUGAUAGAACACACACCUAAAUGUAAUUUAACUUCCAAGAAUUUUAAGUAGUAUUUCCCAAUUAAAGUGUCUUUAAGGGAAAAAUGCAAAUAUGGGGCCUUUGUUAGCAAGAUUCCAGAACAGGAAAAGCGGAACUCAAACCCUCUCUAGUUAAGCGACCUGCGUUCCGGCUUACCUCUGAGUGAUGGACCUACUACUGCAGAGCCCGCCUCCCACCACAGUGCUGGCCCAGAAUUUUUUAUAUGAACUAGUUCGUAACUAAAUGUUGGAAGCAUCACCAUAUUGCCAGUGAGAAGUAAGAUUUAAAAAUAAAACGAUGCUGUCCCUUUUCGCCCUUCCUUAGGACGUCUCCUCCUGCACUAAGGGUUCAGGUGAAGGGUGGAAACUGGCCAAGAAGAGGAAGAACGUGAAAGAGUAGGGGGCAAGGAGGAAAGGACUCCCUUUACAGACUUUGGUGCCAUUUUUACUUUCUGUUUGCUAAUCUGAAACGUUGUGCGAUUACAAUGACGGCCCCUUUCCCCCUCGGGUACUAAUUACCCCCGGGCCUUUACCAGUGCACAUCCCUGUGUUAUAUUCUGGUGCCUGUGUUGCCCCCACGCCCCCAUUAAAUUAGUAAAGGAAAACCACCCCUUUUCUGCCCCUAAAGUGAUCUAUAAACGAAGGAAUACAGAUGAGGAUUUAAAUCCCAAUCCUAAUUCCAAGGGAGGCUGGAAGCUCCCUCAGCCGCGCCCUGGCUUGGCCUUUUCAUCUCGAGUGGUGGUGACGCCGGGGGCAGGUCUUCCACGUGUCUUCACAGAGGUGCCCGGAGGGAGGGCGUCAGGGAUUACCCAAGGGAGUGGCAAGUAUCGCAAAAUAGGCCAAGUCGCUGCCCUAUACGCAACUCGCACGGCGGGAGGAUGGAGACGGAGGGAUGCGGCCGGAGGGCGGGACAGCCAGUCGCCGCCAAGCAGGCGAAGCGGAAUCGGGGUAGCCCACCCGCCCCCCGCAGUCCCCGCCCCGCGCGGCGCCGCGCACGCCUGAAGUCAUUGCCCGAGGCCCCGCCCCCUCGCGGCCCCAGCCCCGGCUCUGGCUCCGCCGGCGGAGGGGGCGGAGAGAACCCGCAGCUGCAACUUCGCCUGGAGCCUUUGAGCCUGGGCUCAGCCGGGGAUCUAGCAGCCGUCACCGCCGAGUCGCCGCUUCCCCGGCGCGGGCCUCAGCCCAGCCCGCUUGGCCAUGGCAGCCGCCGAAUCUGGCCCCUGCGUUCCCCGCCCGUAGCUGAGCAGCCGUUAACCAGCCAUCCCGCUUUUCCUCCUGCCCGUGUCGCCGAGGCCCACGCUCUGCGCAAGUUUCCGCCGCCGAAGAAGCAGGAGAACGGACGUGAGGAGUCGGGCGUCUCUGGCUCACCCGGCCCUCUCGCCCGCGAUGUGGGGGCGCUUCCUGGCUCCGGAGGCCAGCGGCCGGGAUAGCCCCGGCGGAGCCCGCAGCUUCCCUGCCGGCCCAGAUUAUUCAUCAGCAUGGCUACCUGCUAAUGAAUCAUUGUGGCAGGCCACAACUGUUCUAUCUAACCAUCGAAAUAACCAUAUCAGGAGACACAGUAUAGCUUCUGACAGUGGAGACACUGGCAUUGGAACUUCCUGUUCUGAUAGCGUGGAAGAUCAUUCAACUUCAAGUGGCACAUUAUCUUUUAAGCCUAGUCAAUCAUUGAUUACUCUUCCUACUGCCCAUGUGAUGCCGUCUAAUUCCAGUGCUUCAAUUUCCAAACUUAGGGAAUCGUUGACACCAGAUGGCUCAAAAUGGAGUACAAGCCUCAUGCAAAUAUUGGGAAACCACAGUAGGGGGGAGCAGGACUCUUCACUAGACAUGAAGGACUUCCGGCCACUUAGGAAAUGGUCAUCUUUAUCCAAACUCACUGCCCCGGAUAACUGUGGUCAGGGUGGCACUGUAUGCAGAGAAGAGUCAAGGAAUGGUUUGGAGAAGAUAGGGAGGGCUAAGGCUUUAACAUCACAACCGAGGACAAUUGGGCCUACCUGUUUACAUGAUAGUAUGGAGAUGCUUAAGUUAGAGGACAAGGAAAUAAAUAAAAAACGGUCAUCAACUCUGGACUGCAAGUAUAAAUUUGAGAGCUGUAGCAAGGAGGACUUUAGAGCCUCUUCCUCUACUCUUAGGAGACAGACUGUAGACAUGACAUAUAGUGCCUUACCUGAAAGCAAGCCCAUUAUGACAAGCUCAGAGGCUUUUGAACCUCCAAAAUAUUUAAUGCUUGGUCAACAGGCAGUAGGUGGAGUUCCCAUUCAGCCUUCAGUAAGGACUCAGAUGUGGCUUACAGAGCAGCUGCGGACAAAUCCUUUGGAAGGCAGAAAUACAGAGGAUUCUUACAGUUUAGCUCCUUGGCAACAGCAGCAAAUUGAAGACUUUCAACAAGGAAGUGAAACACCAAUGCAGGUUUUGACUGGAACAUGUCGUCAAAGUUAUUCACCUGGCUAUCAGGAUUUCAGUAAGUGGGAAUCAAUGUUGAAAAUAAAAGAAGGACUUCUAAGGCAGAAAGAAAUUGUAAUCGAUCGGCAGAAGCAACAAAUUACCCACCUGCAUGAGAGGAUAAGGGAUAAUGAAUUACGGGCUCAACAUGCCAUGUUAGGACCUUAUGUUAAUUGUGAGGAUUCUUAUGUGGCUAGUUUGCAGCCACAAUAUGAGAACACUUCACUCCAGACACCAUUUUCAGAGGAAUCAGUUUCCCAUUCCCAACAAGGGGAAUUUGAGCAAAAGCUUGCAUCUACUGAGAAAGAAGUUUUACAGCUUAAUGAGUUUCUCAAACAAAGACUAAGCCUAUUUAUUGAAGAGAAGAAGAAACUAGAGGAAAAACUUAAAACUAGAGAUCGAUACAUCAGUAGUCUGAAAAAGAAAUGCCAGAAGGAAUCCGAACAAAACAAAGAAAAGCAGAGAAGAAUUGAGACCUUGGAAAAGUAUCUGGCUGAUCUUCCAACUCUAGAUGAUGUACAGAGUCAGAGUCUACAGCUGCAGAUUCUGGAAGAAAAAAAUAAGAAUUUACAAGAGGCUUUGAUAGAUACAGAAAAAAAACUUGAAGAGAUCAAAAAGCAGUGUCAAGAUAAAGAGACACAGUUAAUAUGCCAGAAAAAGAAAGAAAAGGAGUUAGUGACUACUUUUCAGAGUUUGCAACAAAAGGUAGAAAGAUGCCUUGAAGAUGGAAUCCGCCUUCCCAUGUUAGAUGCAAAACAGCUUCAGAAUGAAAAUGAUAAUCUCAGACAACAAAACGAGACUGCUAGUAAGAUAAUAGACAGCCAACAAGAUGAGAUUGACAGAAUGAUUUUAGAAAUUCAGUCUAUGCAAGGAAAGCUUUCUAAAGAGAAACUGACCACUGAAAAGAUGAUGGAAGAGCUGGAAAAGAAAGAAAGAAAUGUACAGAGAUUAACAAAAGCAUUGCUUGAAAACCAAAGACAAACAGAUGAGACAUGCUCUUUAUUGGAUCAGGGCCAGGAAGCUGACCAAUCUAGGCAGCAGACAGUUCUUUCCAAACGGCCACUAUUUGAUUUGACUGUGAUUGAUCAGCUGUUCAAGGAAAUGUCCUGUUGUUUGUUUGACUUGAAAGCAUUGUGUAGUAUUCUUAAUCAGCGUGCUCAGGGCAAGGAGCCUAAUCUUUCAUUAUUACUGGGAAUAAGAUCAAUGAACUGUUCAGCUGAAGAGACUGAGAAUGACCACAGCACAGAAACACUCACUAAAAAGCUGUCAGAUGUGUGCCAGUUACGAAGAGACAUUGAUGAAUUAAGGACUAUAAUAUCAGACCGCUAUGCUCAGGACAUGGGAGACAACUGCAUUACUCAGUGAUCAAGUGGUAGUCCCACAGCAAUAAUGACCCGUUGUUUAAAUGCUGCUGUGUUAUGGAGCCAUAAUGGAAGGUUGCAAGUGACAUGACUUGCACAUAGGGAUUUUUUUUCUCUGAAUUUGUUUUGUUGAAGGGGAGAAGGGAAGUGAAGAGAUUUUGAAGGGGCUUAUCUAAUCAGGCAAAAAGAAAAAAAAUCAAAUUACCUUUGGAAAAUAUGAUAAAAUCUACAAGAAAAAAAAUGUCUAUAUUCUCAAACUACUGAUUGUAGGACCAAGCUGUGAAGAAUACCCUUCACAUGAAGGAGUAGGAUUCCUUUUAAUCCUAUAGCUUUGUGUGUUUGUGUGUGCAUGUAUGUGUGUUGUGUGUGUGUGCACGCGCUUUAUUCACAAAUUUAAGGGUUUCUAGGGUCAGAGCAGAGCUUCUGAGAAAGGCACACGUUGUUUAUUCUUAUAUUUCUUUCCUAUAGAAGCUUGUGUUGUACUUUGGGAUUUUCAGUGGCUGGCUGAACAAGAGUUCAACAGCAGGCAAGUGUUGUAAUGGUAGUACAGCAGGCAAAACCAUUUAUAUUUUGAACACUUACUGCACUCAUAGAAUGUUUUGUGGUUGAGCUGAUGUUACUGUAGAUAGGUCAGCUGUUUUUCCAGAGUGAUUGUGGAUUUCCCAAGAGGUGUGAAAUUUUGACGUGAUGCUCUUUUUCCUUAGUAUUGUAAUGUAUGUGUUACAAGAAAGGUUAACAUAAUUUGAACUAAUUUUAACAUGGUCCUUACUAUUUACAAUUUUUUAUUUAUAUAUUUUAUAUAUAUACAUAUAUAAAUGUAAACAAAGCCAUAUAUAAUUAAUAAAGGCAUUGGAUCAUUAUUAUAAAAGAAAGAUUAACAAAGUUACCCUGGAACAAUAGCUUACUUAUCCAAAUCUCAAUAUUUACAUUUUAACAGUUUUGUAUGUUUCAAAGUUGAAACUACUGUAAGAGAAAGCCAAUACUAUUUAUAUCUGAAUCAACAGUAGCAUAAACAUUUUUUAAUUGAGAUGGUAUUUUAAUUCCUUUUAUUAGAUAAAGUACAUUAACAACAGUUUUUCACAGGAUAUGAACUUGGCGAGGUUAGCUCUUAAUCUGAAUUACAGGUUAUUACUAUGAAAUGCAGUUGACUUUGCAGUAGACAUACAGUCAUUUAAACUUCCAAAUGAGUGUUGUCCAUGUUUCUGUUGGUGUUUUGGAAGGAUUAUACAUUUUAUUGCCCUCAGCAUUGAUUAUGUUCUUUUGAAUAUACUUAGUUUUGGCGAAAGCCUUGUCCUUUGUAAGUUGAUUUGAUCUUGUGAUUGCAACCAAGUCUCAUUUAGGUCAAGACUAAAUAAGAGAUGGAGGGGUAGAGGGUGUGACUCAAGCAGGAUAAUAUUGAUUUGAUAAAGAGCAUAUCACAUGCCUGUUUUCUUGCCAGAUAAAGGGCGUAGCACAUGCCUGUUUUCUUAUAUACUAGAAUAAAGGCUGUCCUAGGAAAGAUUUUUCUUAAAUGUCUAACAGUGAAAAUGUGAGACAAGGCCUUCAAGGAGACUACCCAGGAAGAUACACAGUUUAAAAUGUUGGCUAUGUAGCUCUCAAUAGAUUAUUUUAUGGUUAUACUUGAAUAAUCAGUUAUAAUACACUGUAAAGAAAUCAGAUUUUCCUUCUGUUCGGUGUCUGAGUCCUUUCUGCUCUUCUUACUUCUGAGAAUCUGGGCACUAAGAAAUCAGUAAGUACAUUGUAGUGCUUCUGCAUCCCAGAGUCCUUAACCUAAGGAGGGUCUUAGUAACUGGUAAGAACUUGGCUUUCUAGUUAUAUUCACUUGGUUUUUUAACUUUAGUAGCUUGAAGAUAAUCAGGGUAUAGUAAAUUUCCACCAAAAAUGUGAUGCAAAGAAUUCUGCCUUGGUCCUUUAUGGUAAAGCAGAUAAUAACGUCUAAAAUAGAUCAGCCCCAAGUGCAGCAAACAUUUUUACAUUCUCUUUGAAUAGAAUCCCAACCACCCUCCCCCAUGAUUUUGGAAAUAAAGGCUUCCUAAAAUAAUAGAACAAAUUGGCAAACAGUCACUAAUUGGAUCAGUAGGUUCUUACUUAAAUAUCUGUCCUUGAUUUUUAGUGUAUGUUUUGGGAUUUUAUGUUUUUAUUUAUUUAUUUUUUUUAAGCAGACGUUACAGUUUGUUUUAAUCUACUAUAGAUACAUUUUUGUUUUUUGGCUUAGUUGGGGAUAAAAUAAUUUAUUUGUUUUUGUAAGUUAGCUUUCUAAAACUUACAGAAAGUAAUUUAAUUCACAUAUCUUAAAAAUAAAAUUCUAAAGUUAUAAAAUUUCUGACUUAGUAGGAAGUUUACAAACUACUGCUGAUGCGUUUCAGUUUCCAAAAUCUGUACCCCCCCAUAAAAAAGGGAGUUAAAGAUGUGCUAGUUUAAGUAGUUAGCUGAAUUACAGAUUGAUCCUCUUAAAAUCUGGAAUUUGUAAAGGGGCCUACAUAAACAGUAGAUAGACUUGGAGGGAUUUUGUGGGGGAAUUGAAACUAAUAGUAUUCUAUCUAGUUUGUCAGUAUUUACUUUUUGAUUUUUAUUUUUCAGAAAAUUUUCCUUUCCCGGGACACCCUCUUGUAUUAGAAUAUCCUCUUCUGUAUCACAUUAAAAACAGAUUUUACUGUUAGACCAAAUAAGAUGGGCAAAUAGCAACACUAGAGCAUCUCACCCAGUUUGAACUAGGAUGUUCAUGGAAGUUAUGACACCAAUAUAUUCCCGAAAUGAAAAUUAACCUACAUUUUAAAGUGAAUCUAUUUGAAAAUUUCCUUAAUGAAACUUCCUUUUAAUUGUGCUUUUUGUGAAUCCAUCACUUGUUUCUUUAGAAAGUAUCUUAUCCAGUAUUAAUAUUUUGUUCUUUUGGGUUUUAAAGUUGAGCUUAUUCGGCCUCAGUCACGUUACAGCAAGGAUAAAGUAACAGUUGACUCAGUGAAAGACCCAAAUUGCCUGUACAGAUAAAAUUCACUGAAUCAAAGGCACAAUAGCUAUCUUUUCACUUGAGCUCAGAAAAGUAAGAUGACUUAAUUUGAACUCUUAAUUUUCAGUGGCCUCUAAUUAAACAAAAACAAAAAACCACAAAUAUUGGCUAGGUAAGAUAUUCCUGAGGUUAUUUUAAAAGAAGUGUGGUACCUAGGAUUCAAUAUUUAAUGCUAACAGUAUUAUAUUUUAGUGAAAUUUAUUUUGGUGGUGACAGUUUAUUAAACCUAAUUAGAGUUCUUUCAAUAGCUUGUGGUAGAGACAAUCUCAAGGGCUGGAAAGCGUUGCUAAAAUGAAUAUCAUACAUUUCUGAUAUACUAAGGAGCUUAUAAAGUAAUUCUUUCAUAGUGCAAGAAUUAUUAAUUUCUUAGAGGAUAUUUUUAAAGGAGCUACUUAAUUGGGAAAAUGUUCUUUAAAUAUCAGUACUAGUUCAUUAAGUAACAUAGUAGCUGAGAACAUGGACUAUAUUUUUACAGCAUAGUUCAGCUUAGGCACACCUUUAGUUUGGAUUAUUGGCAUUCUCUUACGUAGGAAUUAUAUCAUUGUAGAUAUGUAAUUAUGGUAAUAAGCAAUUUUCAUAACCAUGCUCACUCAGACUAUAUCAUUUGAAACUGCCAGUGGCUGUAAUUCUCCAAGCCAAAGUUAAUUCAUUUUGUUUCCAUUUUUGACAAUUCACUGUUGACAAAACAACAGAAACAAUUUCCUAUUUGGUAUAAAGAGCAAAAUUUACAACUUUGCCCCAAAAUGCCAUGGGUGGCAUAUUGCCAUAUGAUUAUAUCAUACAUUUAAUCAUGUAGGGGAAAGAUUUUGGAUUUUUUUUCUUAUUUAAAAUAUAUAAGAAUAUAGUUUUAAAUCAACAAGUCUAAUAACACUAUUGCAGCUGUACACAGAGAGAACCUUUUGUGCCUUUUUGCCUGCAGUAAGCAUUUAUUUCUAUUUUACAUGAGUUCUAAGAAUGUUGAUGAUUAUUGCACCUUGUUCUUCUGUAUAUAAACUUGAUUAAGGAUUUUUUUUUUUUAAAGCAAGGAGCUGUUUUUUAUUACUAGGUAGAUACCUUAGUAAACAUGAGAGGAAUUAUCAGAUAGAUGUCUUUGGAGCCCAGCCUUCCCUCUGUAGUGAGCUGGAAACUCCUUUAGAUUGUAUUCAUUGGUGUAUAUGUAUAUGUACAUAUAUGUAUAAAUAGUUAAAUACGUAAACAUAAAACUUAACAUCGCAUUGUUGUGAUGACAAGAAGUAGUAAGGUGCUAGGUGGUUACAUUAAAAAGCACAGCACAGUGUAUAAUCAGUCACUAUGACUGGUGGUUUUGUAAACUGGGUUCAGUUUUUGAGCCACCCAGAAUACCUCAUGUGUAAAUACAGUGUUCAUGACUUAAUUGAAAUACAGUUAUUGUUAAAAAAAAAAAAAAAAAGAAUGUGAAGCCACUGGUUGGCUUAUGCCUUCUGAUCUAUCAUUCUUGCCUCUUUUUUUGUAAAGGGGUUUUGUUGUUGUUGUUGUUGUUGUUCUGUUUUUUAAUAGGGUUUACAGCUAGAAUUUUGAAUGCCAAAGUUCUAUUUAUUAAGAAAAAGUUUUCAAUGUUAAUGGCUCGUAUUUUUCCACUGGACUAUUGUUUGUUGAUGUUGGAAUUUGUAUUUACACAGAAAUAAAUUUUUUAUAAAAAGA